UGAGAAAAGAGCUGAUGGCUGAGGCGGCUGCAAGCGAGGAGCUCUCUGUGCAGAAGGACCUCGCAUCCCCGGACCAGGAAGGGGCAGCCGCCCCCUCUGUUUCAGGGGUCUAUUUCAUUUGCCCGUUGACUGGUGCAGUCGUAAGGAAAGACAAGAAGGAAAAGCACAUCAGAGAAGCCAUCCAGUCGUAUUUCUCUGUAGACCCAGUGGCUGCCUCCAUCAUGGAGAUUCACACCUUGAAUAAGGACCGGGAAAAAGUACGAGUGGGCGUGGAGACCAUGGCCAAAUACUUGGAUAAUAUCUAUCUCCAUCCAGAGGAGGAGAAGUACCGGAAAAUCAAACUGCAGAACAAAGUGUUUCAGGAAAGGAUAAGCUGCCUGGAAGGGAUACACAGAUUUUUCCAGGCUAUCGGGUUUGAGACAAAAACACUGCCUGUUCCAGGACAAGAGACCGCAGAGGAGUACUAUGUACUGAAGGAAGAAAUGCUGACCAAGUUAGAGGACCUCAAGGACUACAAAGAGCAGCUUUUGAGCUCUGAGCCUGUGAGAGCCCAGCUGGAUCGCCAGCUCUGUGUAUUUAAACCAUCACCUGAAGCUGCUCGGUUUGAGCUGCCAAAUGACUUUUACAACCUCACUGCAGAAGAGAUCAAACGAGAGCAACAGCUCCGGACAGAAGCAGUGGAGAAGGCUUCGAUGCUGAGAACAAGAGCCAUGCGAGAGAAAGAAGAACAAAGGGAAAUGCGGAAGUACAACUACACCCUGGUGCGAGUUCGGUUUCCUGACGGAUACAUCCUCCAAGGGACUUUUUAUGCACGAGAAUCAGUAUCUGUGCUCUACAACUUUGUGAGAGAAGCACUCAGAGAUGACUGGCUGCCCUUUGAGCUGUUGGGACCCGGAGGUCUCAAACUGACUGAUGAGAACUUGGCCUUCAAUGAAUGUGGGCUGGUGCCCUCAGCCCUCCUGACUCUCGCCUGGGACGCAGCAGUCAUGGCAGACAUUCAGGCCUCAGGAGAGGAGCACCCAGCAAGCCCCCUGAAACCAGAACUUCUCUCCAGAGCCCAGACACUGUCAUGAAAUAAAGGGGAGUGGAUUCAGUGCUGGUGGUUUAGACUGUUCCCUCAUUUUCCCAUAUAGACUGUUGGAGCUUCCAGCUACAUGACCUCAGAACUGACACUGUUUUAGCUC